GGGGGGCUGCCGGGCUGCGCUCGGGCCGGGCGCGGCCGGCCGUGGGCACGCCAUGGACUUCAACAUGAAGAAGCUGGCGUCGGACGCGGGCAUCUUCUUCACCCGGGCCGUGCAGUUCACAGAGGAAAAAUUCGGCCAGGCCGAGAAGACCGAGCUUGAUGCCAACUUUGAAAACCUUUUGGCCCGGGCAGACAGCACCAAGAACUGGACAGAGAAAAUCCUGCGGCAGACGGAGGUGCUCCUGCAGCCCAACCCCAGUGCCCGAGUGGAGGAGUUCCUGUACGAGAAGCUGGACAGGAAGGUGCCCUCGAGGGUCACCAAUGGGGAGCUGCUGGCUCAGUACAUGGCGGAGGCGGCGAGUGAGCUGGGGCCCACCACUCCCUAUGGGAAGACGCUGACCAGGGUGGCAGAAGCCGAGAAGCGCCUGGGAGCCGCAGAGAGGGAUUUCAUCCACACAGCCUCCAUCAACUUCCUCACGCCCCUGCGCAACUUCCUGGAAGGGGACUGGAAGACGAUUUCGAAGGAGAGGCGGCUCCUCCAAAACCGGCGUCUGGACUUGGAUGCCUGCAAAGCGCGGCUGAAGAAGGCCAAGGCCGCAGAAAGCCGUGGGCAGGAUCUCAGCUCAUCCAGGUGUGUGGGGGGGCGCGUCUCGCUCUCACACUCUCACACCUUGCCCUUCCAGGCUGAGCAGGAGCUCCGGGUGGCCCAGACAGAGUUUGACCGGCAGGCCGAAGUGACCCGUCUCCUGCUGGAGGGAAUCAGUAGCACUCACGUGAACCACCUCCGCUGCCUCCAUGAGUUCGUCGAGUCUCAGACAACUUACUAUGCACAGUGCUACCGCCACAUGCUGGACUUACAGAAACAGCUGGGCAGAUUUCCAGGCACCUUCGUGGGCACCACAGAGCCCGCCUCCCCGCCCCUCAGCAGCACCUCGCCCACCACCACCGCGGCCACCAUGCCUGUGGGGCCCUCUGUGGCUGGCCUGGCCCCUGCGGGGGAGGCCGCUCUCUGCCUGGAGGAGGUGGCCCCACCUGCCAGUGGAACCCGGAAGGCCCGGGUACUCUAUGACUACGAGGCAGCUGACAGCAGUGAGCUGGCCCUGCUGGCUGAUGAGCUCAUCACUGUCUACAGCCUGCCUGGCAUGGACCCUGACUGGCUCAUUGGCGAGAGAGGCAACAAAAAGGGCAAGGUCCCUGUCACCUACUUGGAACUACUCAGCUAAGCAGGCCCCCUCCCAGGCGCCUGCCCAUUCUAGCCUGGGCAGAGAGGAUGGGUGCAGCCCUGCCACUUUUCUGUUGGUGACCCAGCUGCUCAGGGUGGGGAGACUAACCCCAUCCUGUCCUUGCCCCUGGUCAUCCAGCUGGGAGGGGGCCUCAGAGGCUAAAUGAUCCCAGCCCCUCCCUCAGCCCUGCUUCUGACCUGGUUCUGGAGCCCCAAGCCUGCCUGCAUCCCCUGAGCAUCCCAGUUCUCCCGGCUCCUGCGCAGGAGGGCGGGGCUGGCCGCAGCAGCUGUUUUUGCCUUGGCCCGGGUAGGGGUCAGCGCCGAUGGCCUGAGGAAGCCCCGGGCUGCGCCCUUGGCAAGAGAGCACCUGCCUUUUAGUUGCCAAAAGCAGCAAAGGGGGGAAGGCAGGCAGGUGUGUGGCCAGGUGCCGUCCCCUCGGGACGAUCUGGAGUGUAGGGGAGCCUGGCCAGAGAGGCGGGGCUGGGCCACGGAGCAGCAUCUCCCCGGCACUGCCCUUUCCCUCCCGCCCCACCGCUCACGCCUGCACCUGUCCACACUCACUUUUUAACUGAUCUUUUUACUCUGCCUGUCUGCUUGCUCUCUAGCCAGUGAUGAAUAAACCAUCCUUCGUGUGCA